UCCUCCUCCUGGAUCAGUGUGUCUAGUGCUGCAGGGAGGUGCUCCACAUCACACUCCUUCUCUUCCCCUUCCGAUUUUAAGGCUUCCUCGAGACACCAGGACCAGGACAGAACAUGGGAGGAAAGCUGAGCAAGAGGAAGAAGGGCUACAAUGUCAGUGACCCAAAGGAGCAGAAAGAAGAGACUGUUGAAAGUCAGGUGCAGAGCCAAACCGAGGAGGACCCUGAGAGAGAAUCUGAGCCAAAAUCAGAGCCCAAACCAGAGGAUGCUUCUAGCACGGCAGUGGAGGCAAAACCAACAGAGAGACUGCCAUCUGAAGCUCCUGCAGAGACUGCGGUGAAAGUAGAUGGAGCUCCACUGGACGUGCCAAGAGAGGCUGCGCAUGAGGAAGAGAAGGAAGUGCAUGUGAAAGAAGCAUCUUCACCCCAAGUUGCAUUUCAAGAGCCAAAGGCAAUAGAUGCAUCUAUUAAGAUGGUGCCUAGCUCAAACCCAACAAAUGCCGCUCCUGUUGAAAAGCAAAGUAAUUCCAGUAUGUCUGGGGUGGAAGCUGUUGCCAGUGACCCCCCUCAAGCAAACACUCAAGAAAGUUCUGGAAAAGUAGAAGCUACUGUUGCUUCCUCUCCUCCAGGGAAAGUGCCUGAGGAGAUAUCAAGUGCUGGUUGUUUUAAGGAAGAUGGGAGCUCCACAGCUGAACAAGUUGCUCCAAAUCAUAAAGGCAAAACAGGUCCAGCACCAGCAGUCAGUGAAACAGAACCUGAAGCUACUUCUCAGGAACAAAAGGAUGUCAGUGAGGCACUUCCAAAUAAAUCACCUGUUGAGAUUAGUGAGACUCCUGAACCAGACCCAGGUUUCACAAAGCAGUUUACAGGAGACACUGAAACUCCAGACUUAGUUUCCUUGGAAAUUCCUCCACCUGUCCUUGAACAUCCUUCAAAAGUUACAGCUGUGGAAGCAGAAGUCUCGCAGCUCACAGGUUUCCACAGAACCACCCCAGAAGUUGUGCCAGACACUGAGGAUGUCAUGGUUGACUCUGCAGAAAGCCAAGUGGAAAAGCUCCAAGUGAAACCAAGGCCAGCUGAGCCAGCACUGGUACAGGGCAAGACUGUGGACAACAUAGAAACAUCCCCUGUUUCUCAAGCAGAAACUGAAACACUUCUUAAACCCAACACAUCAAUGAAAAGCCCCAAGGAUACAGAGACAGAAGUUGCUUUCAGAACCAUUGCUGUUCCAGAGCUAAAUUCACUGAAAGAACCCCAUGCUGAUGAGAAGAUGGAGAGUGCUAACACAGAGAAGACUGCGGUUGAGAGCCUGGCAGAGAGGAAGUCCAUAAUGGAUGACAAGGUCCAUGACCCAUUGCUAGAGGCGGAGUUCAGCACAGAGGCUGAAGCAGUAGCUGUUCCGAAGGAAGAUGUGUUUCUCAGUGAGGAGGAGGAGCAUAGGGAGUUUGUAAACUCUGCAGGACAGGUGACCAGAGGGCCCGUCUGGGAGCCGACGGCUGAAAAGCCCAUCGAAGCACAGCCAAAAUGUGUCAACGAUGAUGAUGAGCAUGAGGAGCCUCCCAAGACUGCCUGCACCACUAAUGGCUGCGACCACCAAAACGACGUGGACCUGCUAGUCGACGUGAACGCCCCUGUCGGCGAGACUCCAGACAUCGUCAGUGCUGCUCAGGUUGUUGAACUUAUUUGAAGAAAAAUUGUACAUAUUCGUUUGGACACCGAAAAAAUAUGUUAAACACAGACUUGGGAAACUCAGUGUCCUUAAUGCUAACCCAGUCAGAGGAAUGUUUGGUCAGCCAAAAAUAAAUCAGAUGCCAAGUGGUAGAGGAACUGAAGUUGGACAACAAGUCUUUGCCUCCAGAUCCUGUAUGUGAGAAGGGAAUGCUGAGUUUCUUAGAGCGAUCCAGGACCAGAGAAUGAACAUACCGAACAUAAACACGAGAACUGUAUC